AUGGCGGAUUCGAUAUUCAGAAAGCUAAGAGAUGGUGGAGAAGAAGGCGAACUCGCGCCAGCUUUAACCAUAGAAGAAACUGUUGCUUCUCCUUUCGGCCUCGAUGUCUCCGGCUAUCUUCUCGCGAAUCUAUCUUCAUCGAUUUUGGCUGGAAAAUCCAAGUCGCAGGGUCUCGUGUUAAUCACUUUCUCUCGAAGCCCUUCAUUCUAUUUGCAGUUUUUGAAGCAAAAAGGAAUCACUGUCUCUUCAUCUUCUAAAUGGAUUCGUGUUUUGGAUUGUUACACUGAUCCACUAGGUUGGUUUGAUGAACCUUCAAGUGGUUCUAAUAAAGGUUCAAGUUUAAUUAAGUUACACAAGUGUGUGAGUGCCUUGAAAAGGCUUUUUUCUUCGAUCAUUGAAGCGGGAAGAGAAUUGGUUGGAGAUGGGAAGACACGUUUCUGCGUUGCUAUGGAUUCAGUGAAUGAGCUGCUAAGACAUUCAUCAAUGACAUUAGUUUCUGGUCUUCUAACAGAUCUUCGAAGCCACGCACAAGUUUCCGGUUUAUUUUGGUCAUUAAACACUGACCUUCAUCAAGAAAAGGUCACAAAUGCGCUUGAAUAUGUAUCUACGAUGAAAGCCAACUUGGAACCUUUAUGUCCAUCUUCAGAUGGGAAAAAGAAUGCUUUAGAAAGCCUCUUCUCUGUUCAUCAGGAUUUUGGUAAAGGACGGAUCCAUGUCCGGUUUAAGCUUAGAAAGGGACGCGUCAGAGUAAUGUCCGAAGAGUAUCAUGUUGAUCAUAUGGGAAUAAACUUUUCACCCAUUUCCUCGGCGGAUACUGUUAUUGCAACCACUAAAAGCCUUUUGCCUAAGGUUCAAUUCAAUCUACAGUUAUCUGAGAAAGAACGGGUCGAUAAAGAAAAAGUUGUACUUCCUUUUGAGCACCAAGGUAAUGGAAAAUCGAUAGAUAUCUAUGACGGGCGGAGAUCUCUUCUUGAUGGCAAGAUUGAGGCAGCACCAUUGUCUUCAGGGGAGUUACAGACGGAUGUAGUUUCAUCGGGUAAGGAUGGGGAGAUUAUAUAUUUCAGAGAUUCAGACGAUGAGAAUCCAGAUUCUGAUGAGGAUCCUGAUGAUGAUUUGGACAUUUAA